AGGUGAAAGGUUAAGACGUUGAAUUUUGCGUGGGAGAUGAUAUACCCUCGUAUGAACGUGCUGUGUAUCUGGGAUAACUCAUUGAACAACGUGCAUAGGAGUAGGACAAGACAACCGUGUGUAGGUUUAAAGGAAGACAUUGUGUUUUGUACAGAUUUUCCACAAUGAUGAGAACAACGUUAUUAAUGCUAGGAUUGCUGCUGGUAGCCGUUGUCGCCUCCCUUCCUCACAACACCCACAGCAGGCAGAAAAGAGGGUUCCGAGCCAACUCAGCAGACAGAGUGGCACACGGAUAUGGCAAGAGAACAUACUCAUCAUGGGAAAACAGUUUUAGCACAGAUUCAAAACAUUUGUUGUCGGUAGAAGAUUUGGCAAACCUGGUCUCGAACAACCCAACAUUAGCAGAAGCCUUGAUACGCAAAUUCGUUGAUGUCGAUGAUGAUGGUUUUGUUGGCAACAACGAACUGUUCGAGAGAUCCAAUGAAUAAAAGAGAUUUCUCUCCUUGGAGAUCAUGUGACAGAUCUAUUUUUGGAAGAACAAAUCUCCGAAAAGUGAAAUAAAUCUUCAAAUGAAUGACGUCAUCGACAGUAAAAGAGCAAUCAAGAGCUGGGAGUGUUUACAAUGCUGGACAUUUCAUGGACUAAGAAAUUGGAUAAAUCUAUAUAUAAGAUAGUACAUAAUAUUUUCAUAUUCAUUCCAAUGAUCAUGGAUAUUUCGACAAAUGUCAUCCUAUGGUUGUCGAUACCAUUUGUUUGUGCGCCGUCCGAAUAGCAACGGUUCUCGCGUAGUGUCUACAUCUGAACUUGAAACAAAUGAGCUAUGAAGUAAUUCAGAAGCCAACAACAUGACCCCUGUGAAGAAAAUAGUUGGGAACAAAUUAUUCAACAAAUGUGUCGUAAACCAAAAAUUAGAAAACUGAUUUUGACAACUUUGUAAUUUUUUGACAGAAAUACACAAAACAGACACAUGUCCAUUGGGAGUGUGAAUAAAGUGAAUGGAUGACGAAUCUUGAAA